GUCAAUAUUUAAUUGCGUUUGCAAAUCAUCGCCCGCAAGAAUCCACGGUUAGCCCUGACGUGCCUGGUUGACCCCACUGCUGCCCAGUAUUUGGGAGUGGUCAUGGAAGCGUCUAGUCUUGUUUGGAGCGGUCCACGGAUAUAUACUUUUGAAGUAUGGGGUCCCUCGCGGUCGUGUUGCAAUCUAACUGGACGGGCAACCUCAGACAGGCACCCGAGGUCAUUUUUUAGAGAGAUGUCUAUCCAUCUCUAUCUACUUAUUUCCUUGACCGUGGACGGAUGGGGUGCAUAUGAUCCAUACAGACGGAAGCCGCCGCGAUGCAGCAUUGAGUUGUGGUGGUGUUAGUAUGCGGUCACACCGCUGAUUCAACAUUGGUUGUUUAAUUGGC